UGAGUUAGUGUCACGUGACCCUACAUGGAGAAAUUGUGAACAGUUGUCGGUGAAUUUCGCAAGAAAUAACAUUGCGAUAUUUUAAAAUCAUUUCAUGUAUAUGAAGGCAUUAUCAAGUAUAAAGCUCUGAUAAACUUUCGAAGACGACUUCUGUUGCGCCCCACCCACUCUCUCCUACAAUGGAUGAGUUUCAGGACAUGAAGCUGCCUCAGGGCAACUACCGGUCCACUAUAAAUGUUGGGUCAGAUUCCGGCCGACCCCAGGUAGAGAUGACGGACCUGCCAACAGAGAAGCCUAGGGCCCCAGUGGACGAGCCAUUUCCACUACCAGAGAUCCCUCACCUUCCCAGGGUUGAAACAGGUCAUGAUGUCAUGAACCUUACACUGCAUCAGUGUGCAAGAAAUGGGGAUGUAAAGAGCUGCAAGAUCUUGUUGAGCAACAUGGGCGGGAAUGUGAAGAAAAAGAUAAAUGUUCGAGAUGAAGAUAACCUCACCCCGCUCCACUACGCUGCACGAUACAACCAGCUCAACGUCCUCAAACUACUCAUUGAUAACCAUGCAGAUUUGAAUGCACGUGAUGAUGAGGACCUGACAGCCCUGCACUAUGCUGCCCGAUUUAAGAGGGAAACCAAGAACAGACGAGUGGAUGGAGAUGAAGACCAACCACAGGAGAAUGGCGGUAUGCCCCACAGUGACACAGCUGAGGACCUGGAGUCCCAGACAAGCGUAAUAUCGUACCUUGUGACAAAAGGCUCAGAUGUGAACGUGCGUGACCUUUAUGGACAGACACCGCUACACUAUGCCUGCAUGAGAGCCAACGAGGUCGCCUGUCGUGAGCUGCUGAAGUACAGACAAGUCAACAUUGAGGCAGCAGACAAGCAGGGUAUGACACCCCUACACAUGGCCUCCUCCCACCAUCAGACACUCAUCGUGAAGAUGUUGAUCCGAUCAGGGGCUAAUCUGCGAUGUAAAGAUGACGAGGACACGACUCCCCUACAUGCUGCGUGUACGGAGGGCAGCAUCGAGAUUGUGCGCAAGCUGUUCAAUGCAGGUGCUAAAUUGGAUGGAUGGGUGACAAUCCAAAGUAUGGUAACAGACAAGGACAUUGAUGGGAACACAUGUCUGAGUCUGGCAGUGGAGAACGGCCAUUAUGAGGUGGUCAAACUGUGUCUUGAGAAACGAGCUGAUGUGAACACCCCUAACACUAUCUACAUGUAUCCGCUGCACCUUGCCGCGGUGAACGGGGACCUACGUAUUGUACGCCUGCUCAUAGAGCACAAUGCUCGUAUUGACGCCCUCAACAACGAGCAGGCUACGCCACUGCACAAGGCCGCUCAGUACAACCACAUACAGGUGGUCGAGUUUCUUGUGGACAGGGAAGCUGACAUUGAGCGUCGCGAUGAGGAGAACUACACGCCAUUGUUACUGGCUAGCGUGUACGGACGUGCACCCACUGUUGACCUUCUCAUCCAGAAGGAGGCUGAUAUCUCUGCUGUCGACAAGAAUGACAAGACAGCCAUUUUUCUAGCAGCUGAGGAGAACCAGCUGUCUGCGCUGGAGGCUUUGUUGAAGUAUGACCCAGUGAAGAAUCUCAUUAACACCAGUGAUCGCUAUGACAACGAUCCUCUCCACAUUGCUGCCAUGAAGGGUUAUCUGCAUAUUGUCAGGUGCCUGUUGAAGAAUGGUGCCGAUCUGGACAGUAAGAACGAGGAGGAGCAAACCCCGCUUCACCUGGCUGCUAAGUUUGGGAGAACCAACAUAGUACGUGAGCUGGUGACACAGGAUAAGAACUCUGUAAAUGACGAAGAUGAGAGUUCCAACACGGCCCUUCAUCUUGCGGCACUUGCAGGUCACGCCAAAGUCGCGGAGGUCCUGCUGGAGUUCGGAGCUGAUGUUGCUGCAAGGAAUGUGAGUAUGUGGACCCCACUGGACUGUGCGGCAGCCAAGGGUUGGAUGAAGACGGCAAAGGUUCUCCUGGAAGCUGACUCCCCUAUUGACCCUAUGGACAAGGCAAAGACAACACCCCUUCACUUAGCUGCCAGAUAUGGUCACGUCGAGGUUAUCAACCUUCUCCUUGACUGGGACGCCGAUGUGGAACAACGAGACUCCGAUGGCAACAACUGCCUUGAUCUUGCAAUCGACCAUAACAACUCGAAUGUAGCGACCGCGAUCAUCAAGUCUGACUACUGGCAUGAGGCCCUACGCAACCACACCCUGGACCUCAUUACCAACAGACAUGACACGCCCAUGAGGAAACUCAUCAGGAAAAUGCCAGACGUAGCUGAGGAGGCUUUCAAUCGGUGUAUGGAGGGUAACAAAGAGAAUAUGGAGAGUCCCAACUACUCAAUCACCUUCAACUACGAGUUCCUUGAUGACCUUUACUCCAUGCUCAGUUGGAGCGAGAAGGGAACCAGCGACUCAGGAUCCUCAGAUGGGAGUCUGUAUGAUGAUGAAGAUCACCUGACAAAGAAGGCACUGCCCUACACCACAGACUCCGGAACAUUCAAGAAGAACCAUCCUCUCAUGAUCAUGGUGAACACAAAGCGGGAAGACUUGCUAGCUCAUCCCCUUGUUACCGCUCUGCUGCGCUACAAGUGGACCAAGUUUGGACGCACAUUCUACUACAUCAACUUCUUUGUUUAUGCCAUCUUUCUCACCUUCCUGACCGGAUACGUGGUCUCCACAGAUGCUCCCUACAUGAUCAAUGUUUCUGAAAUUACUGGAACUACAUCAGGAGGCAGCGACUGCCAGCGACUGUCUGACAGUGGUAAAUACAAGCAGGACUGGUUUUCAAAGAUAGGGAAAUAUGCAAUCAUCGUUCUAGCUGCAUGGAACGUGUUACGAGAGUUACUCCAAAUCUACCAGGCAAAGCUGAACUACGUGAGCUGGGAAAACCUGAUUGAGUGGGUCACCUACGUCACCUCGCUGUUGUUUGUGAUCGACUUCGAGGCAUGUCAACAGUCUACAGGAUAUAGAACUAGGUGGCAGUGGAACAUUGGCACGGCAGCCAUAUUCCUGGCAUGGAUCAACCUCGUGCUGUUCGCUCAGAAGUUCCCACGGUUCGGAAUCUACGUUGUCAUGUUCAAGGACAUUCUGAAGACUUUCAUCCAGUUCUUCGUAGUCUUCUUUCUCUUCAUUAUAGCCUUUGCCCUCGCGUUCUACUGUCUGCUACAGAAUCAGCCAGCCUUUGGAAGUGUGUGGAAGUCGUUGAUUAAGACGUCAGUGAUGAUGAUCGGAGAAUUUGAGUAUGAUGGUAUCUAUGUGGAAGGGGAAGUGUUCUACAAAGUGCUGGCAUACAUACUGUUUGUUGUAUUCAUGGUUGUCAUGUCCAUCAUCAUCAUGAACUUACUGGUGGGUCUGGCCGUAGACAACAUCAAGGAGGUGCAGGAGCAGGCUGAGCUGACCAGGAAGGGCAUGCAGGUCGAACUGGCGUUGGAUGUGGAACGAAUGGUGCCAGACUUUUUCCGCCGUAAGUUUGUUGUGCGGAAGGACACACUGCGACCUAACGAAGGAAUCAGCUUCUUCUUUAACAAGGCAUUCGGUCUCGCAAGCUACGGACUCACAGCACAGACCAUCUAUAAGGCACUCAAUCCCGAACUCGAUGAGCUAGAGGCAGUGAAGGAGAGCCAGGAGAAGCUACAGAACACCAUAAACAAGAUGCGCUACAACAACAAGGAGAUGAAGGGCCAACUCAACAAUCUCGAGGGGAUGAUGAAGGCUCUCAUGUCUGCGCAAGGCGUCACAUGGCAUGAUGAAGAUUUCCAGGAGUCAGAGGAGAUCAGCCCCAUGGGAGCCUACUCAUAGUGUGGAAAAUCUCCUAGUGGAGAGUAUUCCUAGUGAUAAGUACUCAAGGUCACAACAAAUACUGGCAGGCAAGGGUAGUCACUCUUACAGACUGGUAGUGAUUGCACAAUACCGGUAAUGUUGAUUUGAUUGUGAUUUGGUGAAUUUUCUGCAAUUAAUUUUAUACACAGGAAUGUCUUUUUUAUUUUCUCCCAUUUCGAUUAGUAUCGAGGUAUGCUGUAUGUUUAAACCUAGGACUAGGAGUUUAGUGCUCAGGUACUGAAGUGAUAACUUGUUGUGCCUGAAGUGUUGUGUGGGUAUAUUUAAGUGCCAAUACUGAACAAUUACAAGGUUGGGGUGGUCUAAACCUUUUUUGUUUUUCUGUGCUAUGAUAUUUUAAGCACUAUAUAUUAUUUUUUGUUAAAUAAUUUUAACAAUUAUGAUUGCAUUUUCUUUAUUAUUUUUGGGUCCAUACAUAACUAUCUUGACUAACUUUUGUUUCAAGUUCGUACCAAUUUUCGAAGUUAUAUUAGAUUUACACCUGACAGUUUUAUUUGCUUUUGAUUUCUAAUAAAUUGGAACAGUUUCAGUUUAUGAUUUGUGGCCCUUUCCCAGUUUUCUUACAGUUCUUGUCUGCUAUUUGCUCAUUGUUGUUUGCAUUUUUCAUUUUUAUUUUUUUUACUUAUUUUCCUUUUUUAUUUAUUGUUUAUUUACAAUGCAAUCCUUGAAGUAUAGAGAGGCAUGUUUAUAUAUUAAUAUCAAAAUUCAUAAAUGACAUUGCCAUCAUGGCAUAACUUUAUAUAACACCUAGGACCAAUAACUUCAAUCCUACUCCCAGAUAACAGUUACUUUGGUUCGAACUCCUGGUGUGGCAUCAUAUAUGAAUAGCGUUGUAAAGUGACCUUGUUAAAUAGCAAGGACUUCUGUAUUUUAAGGUAUUAAUAUUUUGAUACAUAUUUAUGAUACAAAUAAAAUAUCAAAUUUUUGGUCAUCCAAUACAAAAUCUAUUAAACUCCUGUAGCAUUGUCUUUGUACAAAAUUGCCAUGCUAUAUGUUAUAUAGUUUUUUAGAUGAUUGUUAGUGUUUGCUUGUAUUGUAUUGCAUUAGAGAUGAAAAUUAUUGUAUUAGCACCUGUAAGUGACUGAAUGUUAAUUAUUUGUUAAAUCUAGCAACCAAAUGUCUAGAGUCUCCACUGCUGAUGUUGCCGUCUGGCCUUCUUGUGUUUUCUACAGCAUUAUCAUGAUUCUGUUCAUUUUUAUAGAUAUUUAUUGAUUAUGUUGUAAAGUAUAUGAUAUUAUUUUUCUUAAUAUUUAACCAAAUUAUUAGGAAAAUUACGUUUUCUUUUGAUUUGAUCAUGUAAAAUGUAUUUUUGUACAAAAAUGUAAUAAGAAAUCCUUUACGGUUGUUAUGGUGAUGUGGUCCUGGACAAUCUAUGUCUUAGACUUUACCAGGAAAUGAAAUUGACAACAGUAUGAAUACCACUCAUUUAUAUUCUGAAAAACUUCGGCUGUAUUGAAACUUUCAAACGUACAACAGUUAUGUAUGAAUUGUCCAAUUCAAAAUACCCAUUAAAACAGGGGCGCUGGAAGUAGAAUGACA